ACCGUGGGCCAGCCGAUGGAGCUCUACUGCGAGGUGCUGCUGUCCACGUCGGGCUCGGGCUGCUCCUGGCUGUUCCUGGAGCCCGGCGCCGCCCGCAGCCCCACCUUCCUCAUGUUCAUCUCCAAGGUCCGCGGCAAGCCCGUCCCGGACUCCAGCCGGUUCUCGGGCGCCAAGGUCGGGAACGACCGCUACAGCCUCACCCUGAACAGCUUCCGCCAGGAGGACGAAGGCUACUAUUUCUGCUCGGUCCUGAGCAACUCCAUCAUGUACUUCAGCCCCUUCGUGCCCGUCUUCCUGCCAGGUCCGGGCGCCGCUCGGGGUGGGCGUGGGCACUCGCCUCCGAACCCGUUUUUCCCAGGGACGCGCCCCGCUUUCGAGCCUCUUAGCGCCCCUGGGGAGCUCAUUAGAUCCUGUACCCAUUUCACAGACGGGGAAACUGAGGCUGGCGGGCAGCCGGCGCUGGCGGGAACCUGCGCGGUCCUCCUCCUGUCGCUGAUCGUCACCGUCAUCUGCUGCUACAGGAACCGAAGGCGCGUUUGCAAAUGUCCCAGGCCCCUGGUCAGGCCCGCAGGCAAGCCCAGCCCUUCAGAGAGAUACGUCUAAGAUGGUGAGGGGCCCUGCGCAAUAGCCACUACAAGACUUCCCACUGAGAACUCCCCUUACAAGGGGAGCAACAGCCCUUCCCUUCGUUUUUUUCCGCCUUCUUUAUGUAUUCAUUCUCGUUAUUGUUACUUUCGUUGGGUGGAGGGGUGGGGGGUUUCUUUUUCUUUGUCUUUAAUUGACACAAAACAAAACUGUAGUCUACCUACCAUAUGGGUUGCAAUACUAUCGCGCACACGUAUUGGGGGGAAGGGCCGGCUAUGCUCUCAGCACCUGCUGUUGGAGCUGUGAGGGCCUCCCCAUCACUUGGUCCAGACCUCCUCCCUGGCCAUUUUGCAGAGGAGGCUGAGGUCCAGGGAGGGGGGAGGCUUGAUCAGAGUCACGGCUGGGCUGGGCCCCUUCUCCACAUCCUUCAGAUCGUCCUUUUGGAGGCCUCCGGCUCAGCAUGCAGUUCUGUGUCUCCAACCGCAAGGGAGCAAGUCAUUUCUUGAGAAACCCACCACUGCACGCAGGACCCUGAGAAGAUCAUGAACUAAGAGAACAACUGCCUUCCACUGAGUUCCAUAAUGUGGCUGAAAAGUAUGUGGGCUUUUACAACCAAGUUGUAUAGCCACUAGGGAUUCCGCAAAUGAAGCGGAAGAGGUGAGCUGAGUCCUGGGAAAAUGAAUUAAAGAAAAUCUAAAGAAAAUUCUAAGAUUCUUUAGAAAGAAAUUCUAAAGAAAAUCUCUGUGAAAGAUUAAAAAAGAAAGAAAGAAAACCUCUGUGAAACCCUAAGUGGAGGCAAAACUGUUCUCCCAGCUCUUCAUUGCAGAGGGACCCAUGAACGAGGAGCAGCCACCCCUUUACCGAUGUGGUUUGAGCAUCAGGAAAGUUGAAUGGAGAUCCUCUUGGAUCUCUGAACUUCAGAGGCUGUAUUUGAACAUGCUCCUGGGGCCCCUGCUGACUUCUCGGUCUGUAAAGGCAGAAUCGUUAGAGAGCUGGUCUCCCCUAGAUCAGGUGAGCAUGUGGCAGGGCAGACUGCCCUGGUGAGGAGUGAUGGGGCUAAUUGCCUAACCCGUGGUCGGCAGACUGUGGCUCGCCAGCCAUGUGCGGCUCUUUGGCCCCUUGAGUGUGGCUCUUCCUAAGCCUUAGGAGGACCCUAAUUAAGUG